AUGGAACCCAAUCCGAAGAAGCGUCGUGUUCUUGACGAAGAACAAGCCCAAGAGUGUACUUCUUCCAUACUAUCGCUCCCCACGUCACUGUCUUCAACUUCGGAGCCGUCUUCAUCGUCUUCCAAUGUCGUGGAUAUGGUCGAUUUGUCGACUUCUCCGUUGUAAGCAAAAAUUAAAUUUGAAACAUGUAUUAAACGAGCCGCUUGAAAGUUCACGCGUUUAUCUCUCAAGAUCUCCGUCACAAUAGGUUUUGUCAGAGAUGAAAAAAAGUGAAGACGUACAAACUUUUAUUGAAUAAAAAUGAUGAUUUUAAAACAUUUUCGGAAAUGCUUUGCAAUUCUCAACGAUUUCCAGACCAGAACCUCUUCAGCCGGCUGCCGCGCCCGCAAAUCAAGUGGAUAACCGUUUGAGAGUAAGUGUCGGAUCCUAGGCCACCAUAUUCUCGACCGUGCUUCUUUCAGGAACUUCUUCUCUCCUCUCCAGCUCAUCUCUUCGGUAUCGGAACGCCCGGAGCUCCAAAUCCACAAAAUGUGACGACGAGUUGGGAGCAGUGGUUGUGCUUUUUGGCCACCAAUUUGUCGCCGGCUCAGUGGCAGGUAACACACACUUAUGUCGAACUUGUGGCGGAGCGAUAUUAUAGGGUUACUGGCUGGCACAUUGUGCCCUUUUUGGCGAACAAGCAGUCCCAGUCCACUUGCUCAGCUUCUUCCAGGGACAAAGCUCACCGGCACAACCGCCCAACACCGGACCCCAUCCGAAUGACCCCAUCCACGCCAGAUACGGUACGGCUUUUUUGAAAUACGGUCAUAUUCAUGCGGGAUACAAGUUUAAGUAG